UCUUGCAUGUGUGGGAUGGUUAAUAGGUAUCGCGCGCGCUGAUGAUGAGAAAAAUGUGACCUGCUAGUGAAAUGGGGUGAGACGGGGCUUUUUUGGGUCAACGGGCAAACGAAGGGUGUUUUUGGAGCAAAUGGGAUGAGUAUUUGGUGUUAUUGUGAAUGGUUCAGGCGUGAAUAAAGUAUCAUUUACCUUUUUAUUACCACAAGCUAUUUCGGCCUUUCCAAUAAAGUAAAAUGGGCAAGAAAAACAGACACGAGUAGUGUGGGUGUGAGCCUUGGUCAGAGCGAUCUUCGACUCAUUCCGGAAUUUGAUGCAAUGUGCCCGGGAAACGGAAGCGGAGAGGCGAAUUCAGCGCCAGCCUCCUCUCCAGACCGUCGGUAAAUUCGGCGCUUCCAGUCGUCCAGCUGAAAGUGAGCGGUGUGCAGUGUGAAGCGUUAGUGGACACUGGAUGCACGAAAAGUAUCGCCCAUGUCUCAGUUUGUCGGCAGUGGGCCAAAGGCAGGGUGGGUGUUACGACUGUGAGUGGUCAGCGACAUUGGUGUGAAGGCACGGGGCUGGUGGACGUAACGCUGCAGUCGGGUCACACUGUGGCUGUGGAAGUCUUGGUUGUAGCCCAGAAGCCUCUCGGUUUUGCUUUCAUUCUCGGAAUGAAUGGAGUGGAAGCCAUGGAUGGCGUUACCGUGCACAACCGCCACAAGGUCCACUUUGGUAUCGAGUCGACAGAACAGUCUGCACAAGCGACUUGUGCAGCUUCAGCGGUGAGCACCGAAGAAGCUGACUUCACAGUGACAUACGAACCAGCGAAAAGGAAGUGGUCAGUUUCAUGGAAGUGGAGCGGCGGAAAGCAGCCUGAACAGCUGAGUAACACGGCCGAGGAAUACCGCAUUCCAUCCGAAGCCCGUCAGGAGUACGAACAGGCUUUGCAGAGAUGGGCAGAUGAGGGAUGGCUCAUUCCCUAUAGCGAGAAGGUUCACGGUGAGGUGAAGGGCACGAUUCCUCUCAUGGCCGUGAUACAGCGGGAGAAGCGGAAAGUGCGGCCCGUGAUGGAUUUCAGAGAAAUCGGCUACUUAGAUCCACACACCGCUGACGCAGACGUGUGUGGAGAGAAGAUCCGAGAGUGGCGCAGAUGCGGAAAAGACGUGGCUCUGCUCGAUUUGCGAGAUGCGUACCUGCAGGUGCACGUGCACCAGUCUUUAUGGCCGUACCAAACCGUUGUCUGGCAGGGCCGAAGGUGGUGUUUGACCAGACUCGGUUUCGGCAUGAGCGUGUCUCCGCUGAUCAUGAAGAAGGUGCUGAGCAUGGCUCUGAGCUGGGAUAAGAAAAUUGACAGUGCGACCAAUCCAUACGUGGAUGACAUCUUGGUCAGAGAGGAUAUCGUGAGUGCUAGUGUGGUGAAGACUCACCUGGAGCGGCACGGUCUAGUAUGCAAGCCUGCUGAACGUAUCGCGGACGGAGCCCGCGUGCUGGGACUCAAGGUCUGGGGGAGCGUCAGGGCCUGCUCUGGCGUAGAGAGGCGAGUGACAUCGAGCUGCCACCAAAACUGACGAGGCGAGUCGUCUUUUCCAUCUGCGGUCGGUUGACUAGCCACUUCCCCGUCUGCGGCUGGCUACGUGUGGCGGCAUCGUACCUGAAGAGACGCGCUAAUGCCGUAACGACCAGUUGGGACGCUGAGAUCACUGAUCCUGAGCUGUGUGCCAUGGUUUCAGAGACUCUGAAGCGCGUCAGGGCGUCGGAUCCAGCCCAGGGGAGAUGGGACGUCACCGGCUCCGAGGCAGUCGUGUGGGUCGAUGCGAGUUCAAUCGCUCUAGGAGCUGUUCUGGAGGUCGGAGGAGAUGUUAUAGAAGAUGCUUCCUGGCUCCGUAAAAGCACUGAUUCACACAUCAACCUGGCUGAGCUUGACGCGGUCGUGCGAGGCGUGAACCUGGCCGUCGCUUGGAAGAUGAAACAGCUCACUAUUGUCACUGACUCAAGGACGGUGUAUCAUUGGCUCAGCGAUGCUCUGUCUGGAAAGGCGCGUUUGAAAACGAAAGCGGCAAGCGAGCUGCUCAUCCGACGGCGCCUUGAAACGAUAAAAAACAUCAUCACCGAGUACGAUCUCACCGUACAGGUGAAGAGUGUUCCAUCGGUUGAAAACAAGGCCGACAUCUUGACUCGUGUUCCAAGGAAAUGGCUGCUGACUUCAGACAACGACCAGGAAGUGUGUGCAGGCGCGAUGGUGGAGACAGAUAUAGCGGCUGUGCACGAGACCAGCGGACACCCGGGUAUCAGACGGACGCUCCACCUCUGCAGACGACUGGAUCCAUCCGUAACACGGAAGCAGGUGCAGCAGGUGGUGCGACAGUGUCCGGCCUGCCAGUCCAUCGAUCCAGCUCCACAGCGAUGGCAGCAUGGUACGCUGAGUGUGGAGAGGAAUUGGGACAGAGUCAGUAUGGAUAUCUGUCAUGUUGGUGGUGAGCACUAUCUGACGCUAGUGGACUGCGGUCCAUCCAGAUACGCCAUUUGGAGGCAUCUCAGGCGGCAAGACACGGACAGCGUUAUUGCUCAAUUGGAGGCGGUGUUUUUGGAGAGGUGUGCACCGCGAGAGCUCCUUACGGACAACUAUACCUCUUUCCGAAGCGUGACGUUUCUGGAAUUCACCAGUAGAUGGGGAGUGACCGUGCGUUACCGAGCAGCGCAUGUUCCGUCAGGAAACGGCAUAUCUGAGAGAAACCACCGAUCUAUAAAAACGAUUGUGGCACGAAAAGGCUGCACGGUGGCUGAGGCUGUAUACAGGUACAACGUGAUGCCGCGCAGUGAUGUUCCUGGCUCCAGCCCGUCAGAUGAGCUCUUUAACUACUCAUGCAGAGUCAACGAUGUUGACCCUUCCGAGGACCAUGAGUCUGAAGAGCAGCACCGCUUUAGUGUGGGAGACCAGGUAUGGGUGCGGGACCCAAGUCGGCGCUGUGACGUACCGAGUUCUCUCGGUACAGUGAGUCGGAUCGUGUCGAGUCAAAAUGUCGAAGUUGAUGGGGUUUCCCGUCAUGUCAGAGAUCUUCGUUUGGCGCUUUUGCCACGCUCAGGUGUCGCGCUUCCGCGAGGGUCAGGCUCUGAAGGUGGCGAGCAUGAUGUUCCGGCUUCUGCUGGAGACGAGUUCGAUGAGGUGCACCAUGACACUGCUCCCCGCAGGGGGACCAGAGUGAGGGCCCCUGCAACCCUAACACAAUAUGGUGAUCUAUAGGAUCAGGGGGGAGUGUGCUGUUCUUGCAUGUGUGGGAUGGUUAAUAGGUAUCGCGCGCGCUGAUGAUGAGAAAAAUGUGACCUGCUAGUGAAAUGGGGUGAGACGGGGCUUUUUUGGGUCAACGGGCAAACGAAGGGUGUUUUUGGAGCAAAUGGGAUGAGUAUUUGGUGUUAUUGUGAAUGGUUCAGGCGUGA